AUGAUCGAUCGAGCAGUGCACUUGCAUAAGAAGAGCGAGCCUGCCAAACCCGAGAUUCCGAAAGCUGAGCCUGCGAAAACCCUGGCUGCGAAAAGCAAGCCAGUUGCAACCCCUGCACGAUCCGCUCCAGCAACCCCUGCUGUGGUUGAAGAGCCACCCCAGACUCCGAAGUUGAGCCGCACGACUACGGAUGUGGAGAUGGGCAUGGCAGAUGCUGCAGUUGUGGAGCGAGCAGACAACCCGAAGCCAAGCCCCAUGAGCAUCGCGAGCACACCUAUGAAGUCUCCAGUCUCGAAGAAGUUGAAAGGUUCGAUCGGUUCAACCGAAAGCUUGGCCAGCUCGGUCCCAUCCCUUCCUAGCUUCUCGGGCAGCAGUGCUUCAGAUCGCAGACCGCAUCACUCUGAUUCUGCUACAACCCUGAGCUUGGGUGGCUACUUUCAGUCGAUGAGACUUCAUGAAGGUUCACAGGAUCUGAGCGGGAUCUUGGAGGAGACAUGCUCCGUGUGCGGCAAGAUCUGCACGAACGAGGAUGGAUGCAAGAUCUAUUGCACUGCCCAGUGUCUGAUGAAGGCCCUGACAGAUAUGGUUGCAGCAAGGGCGGCCCCAGAAACCUCGGUUGAUGCUGCUGUGUCACUCGAAGCAUCCCCCGCGAGCAAAGCAUCACAGCUACUCCCCUCGACCGUUUCAGGAGUCCCCGAAGCCUCAAAGCCAGAAAUCCCCGGAGCAUCACAGCCACUUCCCACAGAGGCCACUUCAGAGAUCCCCGGAGCAUCACAGCCACUUCCCGCAGAGGCCAGUUCAGAGAUCCCCGCAUCGCAGCCACUUCCCACAGAGGCCAGUUCAGAGAUCCCCGGAGCAUCGCAGCCACUUCCCACAGAGGCCAGUUCAGAGAUCCCAGAGCCACUUCCCACGCAAGCCAGUUCAGAGAUCCCUCGAGCAUCAGAGCCACUUCCCGCAGAGUCCGCUUCAGAGCCGAUCGCUGACGGCAAGUUGGAGCAUGAUCUCGAAAGGCUUAUGGUACUGGAGGAAGCUACUAUCGCACAGCAUCGAGCAGAAGCAGCCGUGCAGAUGCAGGAGGCCGUCAACAAGCUUUGCCUUGCUAUGUUGAAGCAUCGAAGCCUUGAUACUGUGCGAUCUGCGAAGAUCCAGGCCAUGCUUAAAAGACAGGACUCUUUGGAUGAUAUCGAGAAUAUGACUGCUGAGCUUGAGAAAGUCGAAGAAGAGCCCGCUCCCAAGGUCACCGGGAAGACACCGGUGGCGACGCCAAGCCCGCCCCCUGCACCUGUGCCCCCUGCACCCGUGCCCCGUGCACCCGAGCCCCAUGCUGCCGCCAGCGAGGCGAAGGCAGGGGGCAAGAUCGAGGUAAAGAAGGAGGAGACGGAGGGUUUGGACGGGGAACCGUUGAAGCCCGAGGAGACCGCUGAUGGUGAAGAGGCUACAGCGAAAGAAGCCAAACGCAGCAACACCUGCCCGCCGGAGAUCUACUCCAAGGUCUUCCACCCGAAUGGAAAGUCCAGCGGCAUGGCAGCCUGA